AUGGAGGCGCAGGCUCGAGCGUUGGAGGAGGAAGUGCAGCAGCUGGGCGCGCAGGAACCGACGAAACACACGGCAGUGAUGAAGCAGAGACUGUACACUCGCGUGGGUCAGUUUCUCAUGGGCAGUCUGAACAUGCAGCACUGGUGGUGCGAUCAUUCGUCUCUCAUGGUGUUCAUGAUGCGCGUGCUGGAGCUCUACCCGGCGUCCGAGAGCGUCUGUGCCUUUUACAAGAAGAUGGAGCAGCAGCUGCGUCAUUGUUGUCGAUGCGUAGACACUUACCACGCAGCUCUACCGAGCGUCCGUGUGGAGCUGGAGUUCGAGUUCACGCCCGAAUCGAUCGCGUCUUUUUUCGUCAAAUCACAAGCGCUAGAUGCUGAUCGGGUGCAGCGGCAGUUGGCGGACGCGUUCACGGGGCUGGUCAAGGCCUCGCCGGAAAAGCUGGAAAUUAUGGCAAACACGUUGUACGAAGUGCUUCAUCACCGGCGUCUGCUGUCAGACUUCCGUAUUGUACGAGUGUUGUCGAGGUGGGUCUGUUCUCCGUUCGCAGAUGUGAAAGCAAAUUCGUAUCUGGGAAGCUUGCGUGGUUGCGCUGGGCUGUAUCAGUUACUGGUAUCGCCAUACUCUGCACUUAGAGAGUGGGCCCAAAAUAUGGUGCAACACUUUGGCUCGAUUCAGCUGCGUGGCGAUCGCGUGGAAGACCGGUAUUUACUCGAAGUGCUGGAUGAGUGGAUGUACGUACUGGAAAAUGAAGCAUUCAACAAAUCUAUGUUGUUGCUCGAUUUUAAAACAAAAGAGGAGAUUCAAGAUUUCUUGGAGCCAACAAAUUGCGUGAAGACUCCGACCAAGCCAAUGUUGUGGUCUGCACUUGAUACCGUAAUGCAGCAAAUGGACCUUGACAGCUUAGAAGCGAUGCUGGUUUCGUUUGAUACGAUCCCCGAUGUAGUCUUUAACUAUUUACAGGAUGCAGACCCUGCAGGAGACCAGACGCUCACCUUGGUGGUUUCCAAGUGUUUUGCAGUUCUCUUACGCUGUCUUGGGCACCGGUUCUGGGAUCACAGCGUUAAUUCGCCGAAAGUUGUGCUGGAUGUAAUAAUGCAGCAUUGCCGUCUCACCUCGUGGCGCGUGUAUGUCACGAAACAGUUUAUUGAGCUUCUGCCACCGCUUCUCGCGACUAUACGACCGUCUCAAAUCGUCAGCCAAUCGGUUCGUAUUGCAUUGAGCUUGACAUGUUUUUUGCAUUAA